GCGGCGGCAGCGUGGCUCCUGGCUCUGGGGGAAAGCGAGUUGGAGGGAGCCUGACGGAGCAGACCCAGACCGAGGAUCAGGAUCGAGCUGAGCUGAACUCAGCUGGGGUUACAAGCUCAAGGCAGGAGUUGGGACGCUCUGGAGAGCUCGUCUCUGCUCCCUUGGCUUGGCUGACCCUACCAUGUGGACUCUGCCCCUCCGGAUCAGAUCUAGAGUUUUAAAAUAAGAUGGAUGAUUUGACGUUACUUGAUCUCCUGGAGUGCCCCGUGUGCUUGGAAAAGCUCGAUGUCACAGCCAAAGUCCUCCCUUGCCAGCACACCUUCUGCAAACCAUGUCUCCAGAGGAUCUCCAAGGCCCACAAGGGGCUGCGGUGCCCCGAAUGCCGAACCCUGGUGUUUGGCAGCAUCGAGGCGCUGCCGGCCAACCUGCUGCUCGUGCGCCUUCUGGACGGCGUGCGCUCGGGGCCGAGCCCCGGGAGAGGGGGCUCCUUCCGCAGGCCCGGCGUGCUGGCCUUGCAGGACGGCAGGAAGAGCAGGACUCACCCCAGAGGUCUGCAGGCCAGCCCGUUCCGACUCGUGCCCAAUAUCAGAAUCCACAUGGAUGGGGUGCCUCGAGCAAAGGCCUUAUGCAACUACCGAGGGCAGAAUCCCGGUGACCUGAGGUUUAAUAAGGGAGAUGUCAUCCUCCUUCGGAGACAGCUGGACGAGAACUGGUACCAGGGGGAGAUCAAUGGAGUCAGUGGGUUCUUCCCGGCCAGCUCUGUGGAGGUCAUCAAGCAGCUGCCCCAGCCACCCCCACUUUGCCGGGCCCUCUACAACUUCGACCUACGAAAUAAGGACAAGAGUGACAACCAGGACUGCCUGACCUUCCUCAAGGAUGAUAUCAUCACUGUGAUCAGCCGAGUGGAUGAGAACUGGGCAGAAGGGAAGUUAGGAGACAAAAUCGGCAUCUUCCCAAUCUUGUUUGUUGAGCCAAACCUCACCGCAAGACACCUGCUAGAGAAGAACAAAGGCCGCCAGCCGUCCCGCACAAAAAGCCUGUCCCUGGUGUCCUCCUCCUCCAGAGGCAAAGCCACCAACACGCCCAGCCUCCGAAGGGGCCCUGGGUCCCGGAGGAAGGGGCCCGGGCAGCUCUCCAUCACGACAGCCUUGAACACCCUCAACAGGAUGGUCCAUUCUCCCUCAGGGCGCCAUAUGGUGGAGAUCAGCACCCCAGUGCUUAUCAGCUCUAGCAACCCCUCUGUGAUCAGCCAGCACAUGGAGAAAGCAGAUGUUCUUCCCAGUUCUUUGGGACAGGUCAGCAUGUAUCACGCCACACCUGCCUCCCCAGGACAUUCCAUGGCCAUCGUCAGUCUGCCUGGCUCCCAGCAACACCUCUCAGCUAACAUGUUUGUAGCCCUGCACUCCUACUCCGCCCACGGACCCGAUGAGCUGGACCUGCAGAGGGGAGAAGGCAUCAGGGUCCUGGGGAAGUACCAGGACGGCUGGCUCAAGGGCGUCUCCUUGGUCACCGGGCGAGUGGGCAUCUUCCCCAACAACUACGUCAUCCCCAUUUUCAGAAAGACAUCUAGUUUUCCAGACUCCCGGAGCCCUGGUCUCUACGCCACAUGGACAUUGUCGACCUCCUCUGUGUCCUCCCAAGGCAGCAUUUCAGAAGGUGAUCCCCGACAAAGCCGCCCCUUCAAGUCCGUCUUUGUGCCCACGGCCAUAGUCAACCCCGUGCGGAGCACAGCCAGCCUGGGCACUUCAGGACAGAGCACUCUCCGGAAAGGGCGGAGCAGUAUGAGAAAGAGUAAGUGGUGGCAGAGAGAUGGAUCCCUGCAGAGACCCAUCCCGUCAGGGAUCCCCACCCUUGUGGUGGGCUCCCUCAGACGCAGCCCCACCAUGGUCGUCCGGCCUCAGCAGUUCCAGUUCCACCAGCCACAGGCGGUCCCCUCCUCACCCUUGAUGGUGGUGGCGGAGAUGGGACCCAAGCCGGCUCCCACGGGGGAGCCUGCCCUCACGUGCAUCAGCAGAGGCAGUGAGACCAGGAUCCACUCAGCCGCCAGCUCCAUCAUCAUGGAAGGCAAGGAAAUCCCCAUCAAGAGCGAGCCUCCACUCAAACCGCCUGCAUCUGCCCCACCAUCCAUCCUGGUGAAGCCCGAAAACUCCAGAAACAGCAGCGAAAAGCAAGUCAAGACCGUGAGAUUUCAGAAUUACAGCCCUCCUCCCACCAAACACAGCACCUCCGGGAAGCCUGAACAUCCCGCCACCCCUAAGGGGUCCCAGCCUGAAGCCGCCCCCUUGGGCCCGGAGAUGACCAUCCUAUUCGCCCACCGCAGCGGCUGCCAUUCCGGACAGCAGACAGACCCCCGGAGGAAGUCGGCUUUCAGCAAGACCGUGACCCCAGUGUCCACCGCCUCCGCCACACAGACCAUGUUUCCCAGCAAAUGAAUCUACGGGUGGCUUUUCCUAGACCCCAAAGAGACCCUGCCUUGCUAAUCUUCCCGGAGGAGCUAGCAACAACGGGGACACUGACGAGAACCAACGAUCUGAUUGGAUGGAAGCUGCUCAAUGGAGAGUUUGUGGACCAUGUGAUAUUGCUUGGACUUGGGGGAUGGUACAGGAGUACCAAUAGGCUGGCCUCCAGGACAGAGGGUAAUGGUGGGCCAGGGUAGAGAAAAGCAAGCAGGUCGUGUGCUGUCUCAGGUUACACCAGACUCCUAUCCCUCCUGUUACUUCGUUCUGUUGUCAAAGCCAAACUUGAUCUUGCCAGUGUCUCACCUCAGCCCCGACCUGACAAAGGAAAUGCCCUCAGCUCUGCGGCUGGCCUGGCUCAGCCUGGAUUUAGAGCAGCACAGGGGGACAUAAUGUCCUGCUUGCGGGAGUUCGGGCUGGAGAGGCCGAUGCUUCUACAGUGUUGCCAUCCUUCACCCCUCAGCUCCGCCCGAGCUCCUGCAUCCCUCUGCCACAUCCCCAUCUUCCCAGUCCAGUUCCAUCCUGUCUUCACACACACACACACACACACACACACACACACACACACACACACUGAACAUCCUGACCAAGGAAACAGGACUUGGCACUUAAAGAAUCUCAGACAAGAAAAAUCCAUGAUGUUGUGAGAGAGACGCCACAGACUGCAAUGCUCACAGAGAGGCUAUCUCAUUAAAGAUAUAGAAAUGCAUUCUUUUGGAUCCAGAAGUAAGUCACCUUAAAGGGCAAGUCAUUAGAAAUAGUCUACCCCGGGUUUUAUCAUUGUAAUUAUAGCCCUGGCCAGUGUGGCUCAGCGGUUAGAGUGUUGCACCAGGGUUGUGGGUUUGAUUCCUGGUCAAGGGCACGUACCUGGGUUGCAGGUUUGAUUCCCAGCCCCAGUCGAGGCCCAUGGGGGAGGCAACCAAUGGAUGUGUCUCUGUCACAUCAGUGUUUCCCAAUCUCUCUCUCUCUCUCUCUCUCUCUCUCUCUCUCCUCUCUCUCUCUCCCUUCCACUUUCCUCCCCCCUUCCACUCUCUCUAAAAAUCAAUGGGAAAAAUAUCCUUGGGUGAGGAUUAACAACAAAAAAAAUUGUAAUUUCAAAUUGUCUGUGCUAACACAGAUAAAUGCAACUCACAAAUACCCCGGGACUCUUUGAGCCAUACACUUUCAUCUUCUCCCUUAAGACGUCAAUAAGAAUUUCGUUUUUAAAAGCACGUGCUCUGAUUGCCAAAGACCAUGACAGGAAGGCAGCGUCACUGGGAUAUGUCGGCUGCUUUCAAGUUCAGCAUCGUAACUUGGCACCGAAGCGUCCUGCCUCCCACGCAGGCCUGCUCGUAAGCAGCAGCAAACAGCAGCCCGGCCGUGAGCAGAGCAAGGAUUGCAUUUUGCGGUUACAGAAACGUUUUCUUCUGCGUGAAGCUGGCACCCAUCCCCUCAGGGGAUGAGGAACUUAACCACACCCCUCUCUUGGCUAACCUUGGGGGCAAGAAGAAGCCCCAAAGGAUUGGCUUUAUCUGCCUAGCGGUGAGUGAGAAGGCAGGCGGUGUAAGGAGACCGCAGACAGGGUGACUCAGUGAUGACAUCUCACAUGUGGUCGAUGAUGGGACUGCCAACUGUCAGCCAACCCUUCUCUCUGAACCCCUGGGACUAAAACGCCGGUCCCAUGUCCUCCAGGGUGAAUCCGAGCUUCCUAGGCUCAGCAGCAAUGAGUACAGCGAGGCUGCCUUCAGAUUCUUCCGCGAGGCCUUGCAGCCUACCUAGAAACAGGUUUCACACGACUUCAUUCUCCGGGGGAAAGCCAGAACGUCGGCGUUGCAAGGAAUUUUGCUUUGAUGGAUGAUGUGCGGAAAGGUUAAGGAGAGGCAAGCUGCCCACGCAUGAGCAAGUUCUGUAACCCGAGGGAGACCAUGUCACUUCUAAUCCCCAGAAGCCAUUAGCCCACGCUGGCUAAGGCAGCCUUGUCUCCCAGGCCUUGGUGCAGGCUGUCUCCCACAGCGGCUUCUCCCGCUCCUAUUCAGAGCAACUGAAACCACCCCUCUCCCUUUCACACUGGCUGGGUGGUACGUCUCUGGGAACUUCCUAGAGUUUAGGAUGGAAAGUUUCCCUUGCACCUGUGUCAUCAAUCAACCAACUAUUUUCUUCAAAACACAAAAUGAAGACUCUGAUUUCUUCCCAGCCAAACCCAGAAGCUUCAGAAAAGCUCCCCCAUAUCCUAACGUUUUCACCUCCGGACUGUCAGUUCCAGGAUGAUAGCUUCCCAAUAGUCAGGAGUCAAAAGGUGGUGGGGGUGCUGGGGCGGCAGGCAAGGAUGCAUUAUCAUGAUUAGAAGGAGGGCAGCCCAUGCCCUGGCCGGUGUGGCUCAGUUGGUUGGUCAGGGCACAUGCCCGGGUUUCCGGUUCCAUCCCCGGCCAGAGUGUGUGUGGAAGGUAGCUGAUCAAUGUCACUCCCUCACAUCGAUGUUUCUCUCUCUCUCUCCUUCUCCCUUCCAUUCUUUCUAAAAUCGAUAAAAACGUAUUUAAGAAAUAGAAUGAGGUCAGCCCCGAAGUUUACCCCGGAAUAGUGUGCUAACCAUGAAGUCUGAGUUUCGUCUUUUGGAAUUGUUGCUUCUUACUACUAUGCAUUGGGUCAGGGGGGAGAAGGUGUUAUUUAGGGGGAAAAGGGAAAGGGAUAAAAAUUCGCUCCUCCAUGGAAAUAUAAGCAGAAAAGCUAUAGACUUCGUGUCUCUGCUUCUUUUUUUAAGUACAGUGUUUUUAAUAGACCAAAAGAGAACCUUUGUGAGGAAAUACGCGUGCGUAUAAUGUUUAUAAAAAGAGUAUAUAAUGUGCUAGUGAUUGUGGACUAGUGUAUAAAUAAGCCUUAGAUAAAUAAAAUAUAUAAACAUAUAAAAUCAUUUUGUAGGGUAGUGGCCACGUAAGGACUCCCACUUGUCACCUCUUGGUCCUAAACAGAGCCCCGGGCGGGCGGCUUAGCUCCUGUAGGAGCCGCUGGGCAGCCGAGAGGUUGGGCGAGUGGUUCGCUUGGUUCUGGUUUUGUCAUGUGCCGUUUGCCGGAUGACUGUGCCCUGUCUGCUGCGUUGUUUACCCACAUGGAGUCCCCAGAGACCCGUUCCACACUUUGCAUCUUGGAAAACCACACGGAACUUUCUAGCGACAAGAAAGACCCACAGAACAUGCCUUCCCGGUGGGUAACUCUCCGAGCCGGACCCCUGACAGCUCGCUGCCAGUCUGAGGAAUGGGGAAGUGUAACAUCAGCCUUGUCUCGCACUUCAGUAUCUGGUGUGGGGCGUCUUCUCUCCCGGGAAGGAGCCACAUGCUUUGUUAAGUCCUUUUCCCCUGGACUUGGCGUGUUCUGGAGGAAACCAGAGGUCGGCCCUACCCCCCCCCCCAGCACCCCUGCUUCAGGCCUACACUCCGGCAGCAGGUUUAAGAACUGUCCAUGUGCUCUGUGACUUGGGGACCGACGCAUCGCUUCUAGAGCCCAGGGUGUCCGUUGUUUGGGUUUGUGGCUCUCAGGAAGUGUGACGUUUGCCCUUACCACCCAGGCCGAUCUGAAGAAGGAAAGCGGGGACGGCGGGGGCUCCGCUCACACCCCCCACAGCAGCCGAGGGGAGUGGGCCCGAAGCCGCGUGAAAUGCCAUCUGCUCCCCACGCGGGAGGGCGCGGCCCUGUGCCAGCGGAGACAUUGCCCAAGUCGCCUUUGCCAAAAACGCAGGUUGGUCCCAGCUGUACGCUUGUGAGGCCGGUAUGUGCUUUCGUAGGAAACAAUAAAACAGGAUUAUUUUCA